CAAGAACAGAACCAAACCCCCCAUAGCUUUGCACUCGCAAACCCUCCAAACACUGCCUCUGGUCCGUAUACAAUCGUAUACCCACUUCUAUAUGUGAGUUCUGAAUAAAUCAUUUUGACCUCUUUUCAUCUUUUUCACAAGGAAAACAGCUAGUGACUCUGCGAUCCAAUAUUUCUUGCUGAUAUUUAAUAAAUUUGGUGGGGAACAAAAUUAUGGCGCACCUUCUUUCAACUUAUUGUUCUUUAGAUAUCUCCUCCAGCAACAAACUUCACUGUAAACAAUCAUACCAAGGCUCAAAAGUAUUUCCUUCAUCUUUUACAUUACAAACUUCCAAGUCCACAAUUGAAAGGCUCGUCUUGCGAGAAAAGAGGCCACAAAGAUUUUUCAAUGUCCGGGCGACAACUCUUCCUAUAAACCAAGAAGCCAAAACUCAACCGAGUUCUGGGUCCCAUCAAACCUCCACUGGAUCAUCCAGGCCCAAGCGGGUUAUGGUCAUUGGUGGCGAUGGUUACUGUGGUUGGGCUACUGCCCUCCACUUGUCCAAUAAAAAUUAUGAAGUUGCAAUUGUUGACAGCCUUGUCCGUCGCCUCUUUGACCACCAACUUGGGCUCGACUCUCUGACCCCUAUCUCCUCCAUCCAUAAUCGCAUCCGUCGUUGGAAAUCUCUCACCGGAAAAACCAUCCAACUCCACAUUGGUGACAUUUGUGAUUUUGAGUUCCUUACUGAAACCUUCAAGUCUUUUGAACCCGAUGCUGUCGUUCACUUCGGGGAACAGCGUUCUGCUCCCUACUCCAUGAUCGAUAGGUCUAGAGCCGUAUUCACACAGAACAAUAACGUGAUUGGAACACUUAAUGUUCUCUUUGCUAUCAAAGAGUUCAGAGAGGAGUGUCAUCUGGUGAAACUUGGAACCAUGGGAGAAUACGGGACACCCAACAUAGAUAUCGAAGAAGGUUACAUAACAAUUACCCACAAUGGAAGAACAGAUACAUUGCCUUAUCCCAAGCAAGCAAGCUCUUUCUACCAUCUGAGUAAGGUACAUGAUUCAAACAAUAUAGCCUUCACUUGCAAGGCUUGGGGCAUCAGAGCCACUGAUCUGAAUCAAGGAGUGGUCUAUGGCGUGAAAACGGAUGAGACUGAGAUGCAUGAAGAGCUCUGCAACAGGUUUGAUUAUGAUGGGAUAUUUGGAACUGCAUUGAAUCGGUUUUGUGUCCAGGCUGCUGUGGGUCAUCCACUUACUGUGUAUGGCAAAGGAGGCCAAACCAGAGGAUACCUAGACAUAAGGGACACAAUUCAAUGUGUCGAACUUGCAAUUGCAAACCCUGCAAAGCAUGGAGAGUUCCGAGUCUUCAAUCAAUUCACUGAGCAAUUUUCUGUCAAUGAACUUGCAUCCUUGGUUACUAAAGCAGGAAAGAAGCUUGGGAUUAAUGUGCAAACAAUAUCUGUCCCAAAUCCAAGAGUAGAGGCUGAAGAACACUACUACAAUGCCAAGCACACCAAGCUCAUUGAAUUGGGACUUAAACCACACCUCCUUUCAGACUCUUUGCUUGACUCGCUUCUCAACUUCACCAUUCAGUUCAAGGAUCGUGUUGAUGCAAAACAGAUUAUGCCCAGUGUUUCAUGGAGAAAAAUAGGUGUUAAGCCAAAGACUGUUGCAGCCUAGGCAAGUAGACAAGGUUGGGAUGUGUUUGUGUGUGAAUCAGUUGUUCUUGUGGUUGUAUUUUUCUGAAAAGUGGUGUUGUAUCUUUGUGAAGUUAGUAUUCUUGAGAACUAAACAGUACUGCGGAAUAAGGGUCUUGGUUGUGAAAGUAAAAUUAUAUUUUGGGAGUUUUAGAUUUUCUAGGGCAAAUGUGUGUUACCAGCUUUAUGUUUACAGUUAGCAGUUAUGUCGACAUAGUGACUUUCUUUAAUUAAUGCUAGAAGGUUAUUUAAUGGGAUUUGGCAUGAAUUGUUUAGAA